AUGGGAGGGGUUGCAAGAGUGAGGAAGAUGAUGCACGAGAGGGGAGUGAAAAGGGGGACAGCUUGCUCUUGGGUCGAAGCCCAAAUGGGGGUUCAUGUUUUUGUGUCCAAUGAUCAGGUCCACCCAAGACUAAGAGAGAUUCACGAGAAGCUUGAGGAGUUGGGAGAGGAAAUGAUGAGAUUUGGGCAUGUUCUUGAUAAGAGCUUUGUGUUGCAGCAAUUGGAAGAAGAGCAAAAGGUGCCAGCUUUGAGCUAUCAUAGUGAAAAGUUGGCAGUAGCGUUUGGGCUUAUUAGUAUUGAUGCUCCAGCACCCAUUAGGGUUAUGCAGAAUCUGAGGGUCUGUGGGGAUUGUCACAGUGCUAUGAAGCUUAUAUCACGGAUUGAAGGGCGAGAGAUAAUCCUCAGGAACUCCACCCGAUUCCACCAUUUCAACGAUGGAAUAUGUUCUUGUGGGGACUAUUGGUGA